AAGUUGCGGUCCCGCCCGUUCCCUCCGGGCAGUGCCCACCGGGUGGGUGCCCGCAGGUGCUCCCUCCAGGCCCAGGCAGGGACCCCCACCAGGACCGCCAGCCCAAGGACCGGCCCCCUGGGAGCCCCCAGGCCCCCCGAGGGCAGCGCCUGCAACCAGGCCUGGAGCCCCGGCUCCGCCCCGGUUGCCUGGGCCCAACCUCCCCACCGUCUCCCUGGGGAGGGCGCCUCAUUCCUGCCCUUCACUUUCCUCCGUUACCUUGAAGACCACAAUGCCUCGAUAAGCCAGCCCAGCGCCGCCGAGCGGAGCCAGUCCCAGCGCGUCCAUGGAGGGGCCCCUGGCAGGCGGCCUGGCCGCCCCCGACCGUCCUCGAGGCCCAGAGAGACUGCCUGGCCCAGCUCCAAGGGAGGACAUCGAGGGUGGGGCCGAGGCUGCUGAGGGGGAAGGCAGCGGCUUCCGGUCAACGCACUACCUGCCAAUCACGAAGGAAGGUCCCCGAGAUAUCCUGGAUGGCAGAGGUGGCGUUUCUGACGGGCAGCCCUAUCCUGGUCUCAGCGAAGCCCUCCCCCGUGCCACCUCCGCCACCCAUCGGAUCAGCAGCUGCUGCUGGGAUGGAGGCAGCCUGGACUUCCGGCCGGGCUCCCCACCAUCCCACUUACUGGGUCCUUUCUCUGGCCCUCGUGAUGGUCAGGGGCCCUGGGAGCACCCCCUGGCCCAGGAGGCUGGGGAGAGCAUCCCAUCCGAGCAAAGGUUUGACGACUCGGUCAUUGUGAGGACCAUGAAACCCCAUGCUGAGCUUGACGGCUCUAGGAGCUUCCUGUACCACCAGGGUGAACUGAGGCUGUUAGAGAAGGCCGCCCAGGGCCACCCCAGGUUUGACUGGCUCCAGGACACAGAGGAGCAAGGACCUCUGAGGGACAUAGGGCUGCACCUGCACCUGUCUUCACAGCCGCCUCCCCUAGCUGCCUUCAGGAGGGUGAUCAUGCCAUUGGAAGACACCCCCAAGACCUUGGACGUGGAGGUGGUGGACGCCAGAGAAGACCUCAAAGGCCUGGCCCAGCCCUCUGAGUGGGGCCUGCCUGUAGCGUCCUCGGAAGUGGCCACGCAGACGUGGAUGGUGAACUCGGAGGCUUCCGUGGAACGGCUCCAGCCUGUGCUGCCUCCUCCCAUCCCACCAGGGCCCUACCUGAGUGAACUGCUAGAGGAGGUGGCCCAGGGUGCAGCCAGCCCAGAGGAGGACGAGGACGACGAGGAGGAGCCAGCCGUGUUCCCCUGCAUCGAGUGUAGCAUCUAUUUCAAGCACAAGGAACACCUGCUAGAACAUAUGAGCCAGCACCGCCGCACCCCUGGCCAGGAGCCCCUCUCGGACUUGGCCCCGCUGGCCUGUGGCGAGUGCGGCUGGGCCUUCGCCGAUUCCACCGCCCUGGAGCAGCACCGGCAACUGCACCAGGCCUCCCGGGAGAAGAUCAUCGGGGAGAUCCAGAAGCUGAAGCGAUUUCCAGGUGAUGAGGGCCGAGAGGCCCGGCUGCAGUGCCCCAAGUGUGUGUUUGGCACCAGCUCCACCAGGGCCUUCGUGCAGCACGCCAAGCUGCACGCACGCCAGCCGCCCAGCCUGCCGGCCAAGGAGCCUUUCGGGGGUGGCAGCGGCAGGGCCGCAAGCCCAACACCCGAAGCCAGCACCCUUGUGUACGCACCCUACGGAGGUGCCCCGGGCCUCAGCGCCUGCGUCUUCUGUGGCUUCCCCGCACCCAGCGAGAGCCUGCUCAGGGAGCACGUGAGGUUGGUGCACACCCAUCCGUCCUGGGAGGAGGACAGCGAGGCCUUCGAGGAGUACCCCGCCGGCCGCCCGGGCACCAGCCAGGGUGGGCACGCCCGCUUCUCCGACAGCGCCACUGCGGACUGCUUUGGCAAAGCUGAGCCUCUCUUGGCCCCUACGUGGGGAGAGAACCCUGCUGGGUACAACCCGGGGCUGGCUUUCGGCCCAGACUGCCAGCAGCUGGGCAUGAGGGACUUCGUGCUGUCAAAGCCACUCCCGCAGCACGCAGGCCAGAGGCCUCUGGGAAGGCUGGCCUUUCCCUCCCCUGACCUCGUCCAGUUCAGUAGAAACCGAGGCACUGUUCAUGGUCGCCCACAGGGCCUGGGGGGCCAGAGGCACCCUUGGAGUGAAGAAGAGGAGGAGGAGGAGGAAGAAGAGGAGGAGGAAGAUGAUGAGGAUGUGGUGUUGACUUCUGAAAUAAUGGAUUUUUCCUCUGAGAAUGGGGUCUUCCCACCCCCAGCCAUCCCCCGACUCAUCCCCCAGCCAGCCCUAGAGCUGAAGCGCACUUUCCAGGUUGCCCUGCAGGCAGCAGUGGCCUCCAGGGCCCAGCGGCAGCAGCUCCGAGACAUGGUGCCCAUUGUGCUGGUGGCGAAACUCCGGCCCCAGGUCAUAGCCGCCGCAGCCAGGGCACCCCCGAGGCUGCCGCCCGAGGAGCUGGGGCUGGGGGUCACCCACCCCCUGGAUUUCCUGCUCCUGGAUGCACCGCUGGGUGGCCCACUGGGGCUGGACACGCUCCUGGAGGGAGACCCAGGCAUGGCCCUGAAGAACGAAGAACGGAAAUGCCCCUACUGCCCCGACCGCUUCCACAAUGGCAUCGGCUUGGCCAACCACGUGCGCGGCCACCUGAACCGUGUGGGCGUCAGUUACAACGUGCGGCAUUUCAUCUCCGCUGAGGAGGUGAAGGCCAUCGAACGCAGGUUUUCCUUCCAGAAGAAAAAGAAAAAAGUGGCCAACUUUGACCCGGGCACCUUCAGUCUGAUGCGAUGUGACUUCUGCGGGGCAGGAUUUGACACAAGGGCUGGCCUUUCUAGCCACGCCCGGGCCCACCUGCGAGACUUUGGCAUCACCAACUGGGAACUCACCGUCUCGCCCAUCAACAUCUUACAGGAGCUGCUGGCCACUUCGGCGGCUGAGUUGCCCCCCAGCCCUCUGGGGCGUGAGCCUGGUGGACCAGCAGGCGGCUUCCUGACCUCCCGACGACCACGCUUACCUCUCACCGUUCCCUUCCCACCCACUUGGGCUGAGGACCCUGGGCCUGCAUACGGGGAUGGCCUAGGCCCUGAGGAAAACACCAUGGUGGCCAUGGACUUGGGGUCCCCCCCACUCCCUAAGAAGACCCUUCCUGUCCCUGGGGCUCUGGAGCAGGUGGCCAGUCGUCUGAGCACCAAAGUGGCUUCAGAGGUUCCUCAUGGCAGCAAACAGGAGCUGCCAGACCUCAAGGCCCAGAGCCUGACCACCUGCGAGGUCUGCGGUGCCUGCUUCGAGACCCGCAAGGGUCUGUCUAGUCACGCGCGUUCCCACCUGCGGCAGCUUGGAGUAGCAGAGUCAGAGAGCAGUGGUGCCCCCAUCGACCUCCUCUACGAGCUUGUCAAGCAGAAGGGCCUGCCCGACGGUCCCCUUGGGCUGCCCCAUGGCCUGGCUAAGAAGUCCAACUCACCAAAGGAGCUGAUCACUGGCUCUGCCCGGCCUGGCCUGCUUUCCCUGGCCAAGCCCUUGGACGCACCUGCUGUCAACAAAGCCAUCAAGUCACCCCCAGGCUUCUCGACCAAAGGCUUGGCCCACCCACCAAGCUCGCCGCUGCUCAAGAAGGCACCUUUGGCGCUGGCAGGCUCCCCUACCCCGAAGAAUCCUGAGGACAAGAGCCCCCAGCUGUCCCUGAGCCCCCGGUCAGCCUCCCCAAAGGCCCAGUGGCCCCAGUCUGAGGAUGAGGGGCCCCUGAACCUCACUUUAGAUAGUGACGGGGGCAGAGAGCUGGACUGCCAGCUGUGCGGUGCCUGGUUUGAGACCCGCAAGGGCCUAUCCAGCCACGCCCGCGCCCACCUGCGCCACCUGGGCGUCAGCGACCCGGACGCCAAGGGAUCCCCCAUAGACGUGCUCCACGGGCUCAUCAGGAGGGACGGCGUCCAGAUCCGCCUCCCACCCGGGCACGGCGCCCUGGCCCACCUGGGGCGGCCUCCUUCCGCCUCUGCGGCCCUCUCCUUGCUCCCCCCUCUACCGCCGGCCAAGAAGGCCAAGCUGAAGGCCGAGGGUAUGGCCAGCCCCUGGGGGAAGCAGGACCUCUCGGCAGCUGCAGCCGCCGGCAUUUUCUGGGCCUCUGAUGUGGAGCCGUCUCCUCUCAACCUCUCCUCCGGCCCAGAGCCUGCCCGGGACAUCCGCUGCGAGUUCUGCGGUGAGUUCUUCGAGAACCGCAAGGGCCUGUCCAGCCACGCGCGCUCCCACCUGCGGCAGAUGGGUGUGACCGAGUGGUACGUCAACGGCUCGCCCAUCGACACGCUGCGAGAGAUCCUGAAGAGACGGACCCAGUCUCGGCCUGGUGGACACCCCCACCCUCCAGGGCCCAGCUCCAAAGCCCUGGCCAAGGUGGUGGGCAGUGGAGGUCCUGGCAGCUCGCUUGAAGCCCGAAGUCCUUCAGACCUUCACAUCUCACCCUUGGCCAAGAAGUUGCCACCACCACCAGGCAGCCCCCUGGGCCACUCACCAACUGCCUCUCCUCCUCCCACGGCCCGCAAGAUGUUCUCAGGCCUGGCCACACCCUCCCUGCCCAGGAAGCUGAAGCCUGAACAAAUGCGGGUGGAGAUCAAGCGGGAGAUGCUGCCGGGGGCCCUUCAUGGGGAGCCGCACCCAUCUGAGGGUCCCUGGGGGGCGCCGCGGGAGGACAUGACACCCUUGAACCUGUCGUCCCGGGCAGAGCCAGCACGGGACAUCCGCUGCGAGUUCUGCGGUGAGUUCUUCGAGAACCGCAAGGGCCUGUCGAGCCACGCGCGUUCCCACCUGCGGCAGAUGGGCGUGACCGAGUGGUCCGUGAACGGCUCGCCCAUCGACACGCUGCGGGAGAUCCUGAAGAAGAAGUCCAAGCCGUGCCUCAUCAAGAAGGAGCCGCCGGCUGGGGACCUGGCUCCCGCCUUGGCCGAGGAUGGGUCCCCUACAGCGGUCCCCGGGCCCGUGCAGUCCCCUCUGCUACUGUCGCCCCUGGCCGGCCGGCCGGGCAAACCAGGAGCUGGGCCGGCCCAGGUUCCCCGGGAGCUCAGUCUGACGCCCAUCACUGGCGCCAAGCCCUCAGCCACCGGCUUCCUGGGCGCAGUGGCAGCCAAGCGGCCCCUGCAGGAGGACCGCCUCCUCCCCGCAGAGGUCAAGGCCAAGACCUACAUCCAGACUGAACUGCCGUUCAAGGCAAAGACCCUCCAUGAGAAGACCUCCCACUCCUCCACCGAGGCCUGCUGCGAGCUCUGCGGCCUCUACUUUGAGAACCGCAAGGCCCUGGCCAGCCACGCGCGGGCGCACCUGCGGCAGUUCGGCGUGACCGAGUGGUGCGUCAACGGCUCGCCCAUCGAGACGCUGAGCGAGUGGAUCAAGCACCGGCCCCAGAAGGUGGGCGCCUACCGCAGCUACAUCCAGGGCGGCCGCCCCUUCACCAAGAAGUUCCGCAGCGCCGGCCACGGCCACGGCCGCGACGCCGAGCGGCGGCCGCCCCUGGGGCUGGCACCCGGGGGCCUGGCCUUCGUGGGCCGCGGCGUCGGCGGGGAGCCGGGGCCCGAGGCCGGCCGGGCGGCCGAAGGCGGCGAGCGGCCCCUGGCAGCCAGCCCGCCGGGCGCGGUGAAGGCGGAGGAGCACCAGCGGCAGAAUAUCAACAAAUUCGAGCGCAGACAGGCCCGCCCCCCCGACGCCGCCGCAGCCCGGGGGGCCGAGGAGGCCAGUGACCUGCACCACAAGCUGGAAGCCGUGCGGCAGCCCCCAGCCCGCGUCCGGCCCGUCCCCUCCUUGGUGCCUCGACCGCCGCAGACAUCACUCGUCAAAUUCGUUGGCAACAUUUACACCCUCAAGUGCAGGUUCUGCGAGGUGGAGUUCCAGGGCCCGCUCUCCAUCCAGGAGGAAUGGGUGCGGCACUUACAGCGGCACAUCCUGGAGAUGAACUUCUCCAAGGCGGAGCCCCUGCCCGAGGAGCUCCCAGCCCCGCAGGCACAGACGGCGGCGUCUGUGGAGGCGCCCUAACACAGAAGCAUUCCAGAGCUCUCCCCUGCUGCCUCCGUCUCCUGUUCCUCCCGUGUCUUCUUCCCUGUCUUUCCCUUUCUCUUCCAUUUCCAAAGGAGCAAGCCAAAACCUCAAACCGGCACCCUCAGGGGCCGGGCACACUACAGCUGGGGUGCCAGGAGCCGCGAGCCGCCCACCCCAGCCCAGGACUCCGGGGCACAGGGCACCUCCUCCAGUUCACGCUCCCCGGCCCAGCAGGGGCUGCAGCCGAGUCCCUGAUGGCAGUUGACCGGGUCGCAGGAGGACAGCAGCCUUCUGUGUCCGGCAGACGGGCAGGGCUGCGUCUGCUGUCCGGGGCCAUUCUUAGAGACCCCAAAGACCCCUGUUGUGGCUCCCCUUUGCCCAUGCAUAUCUUCUCAUACACGCACAUGCAAACAUACAACACACACACCUGCACACGCACCUCGUGAGAGCCGGGAUCUGCCCCCAGCCCCUCGUUCCCGCGUCGAACAGCUGCGUCGCGCCACGGUGCUCGCUCAGGGGAAGCCUUGCUCCCUCUGCGGGAGCCCCGACUGAGCCCACAACGCCACGGAAUCCUUGGCCACCCCCAGAAGGGCCUUCCCCUGGGGAAGAGCUCAGAGCUGACAGCUGCCUCCUGCCAUGUCAACCCCCAGCCUCAGGGGCUCUGGGGCCGGGAGGGUGGGUGGGGGUGGGACUCCUCUCCCCACCUGCUCCCCCUCUUUUCACUGUUGCUUUCUAUGUAUAGCUCCCUAGAACUUUCACUUUUUUAAAAACGCAUUUUGUGUAGAGAAGAAGGAACGUGGAUCUUUUUAUUUUCCAAUCCUAGGCCAGCUAGAUACUGGGAGCUGAUUGACCUUUUAACUUUUUUCAGUGGCCACGUUUUUUGGUUAUCAAUGUAUCUAGAAGUAUGUAAAUUAGAUUAAAUUUCUCUUCUGGAAACA